AUGUUUGCUUUGAUUUUUAUCUUCUUUUUCCUGAACAUUCCACUUCUAGUGUCCAGGUUCACUCAACCCAGGUGCUUUUGGAGAAUAUAUGAGAAUAAAGACACGGAUGAAGAUUUGUUGACAGGUUGUGUCUUCUUCCUUAUAACAGAACAGCGGCCUGUGGAGACAGAUUAUUUAAACCACAUUCUGAAUAUGCAAACAACAACUAAAAACUUCCAGUUUUUACUGGCCUUAGCUUUUUCCAUGGAUGAAGUCAACAGGAACCCUGAUCUUCUACCAAAUUCAUCAUUCAUAUUUGAAUGUGUAGAGCAUGGUUGGGACACUGGGACAGAAGUGGAUAGUCACUUGAAGUUUUCUGAAUUAGUUCAUGAUUAUCCCCCUAAUUAUAUGUGUCAUGAAGAGACUAUGUGUAUCGUGGUCCUUACAGGACCACAUUUGGUGACAUCUGUGAUCAUUGGGAACAUGCUCAACCUCUUCAAACCUCAACAGGUCCUUCAGAUUACCUAUGGACCUUUCCAUCCCAUCCUGAGCAAUAGUGAACAAUUUCCCUCUCUGUAUCAGAUGGCUGCCAAGGACACAUCUUUGGCCCUGGCCGUGAUUUCUCUUAUGCUUCACUUCAACUGGAACUGGAUUGGACUGGCCAUCUCAGACAAUGAUCAGGGUACUCAAUUUCUCACACAAUUAAGAGGAGAGAUGGAAAAAAUUACAGUCUGCCUUGCCUUUGUGAGUGUGAUCCCAGUCAGGAUGCAUUUAUUCUUGACAAGAGUUGAAGUGUAUUAUAACCAAAUCAUGACAUCAUCCGCAAAUGUGGUUGUCAUUUAUGGUGACCCAAAGGGUUCUCUAGCUGUGGCCUUUAGAAGGUGGCAAUCUCUAGGUUUACAGAGAAUAUGGGUCACCACCUCACAGUGGGAUGGCACUACAACUAAGAAUGACUUCCCACUUAAUUCAUUCAAUGGGAAAAUAACUUUUGCACACCAUCAUGCUGAGAUUUCUCAUUUUAAAACAUUUGUCCAGACAUUGAACCCUCUCAAAUACACAGACGAAUUCCUGGCCAGGCUGGAGUGGAUGAAUUUGAACUGCAAAGUCUCAGCUUCUAUGUGUAAGACUCUGAAGAAUUGCUUAUCCAAUGCCUCAUUGCAAUGGCUAAAGGCACAGACUUUUGACAUGGCCUUUAGUGAUGAGAGUUAUGACAUAUAUAAUGCGGUGUAUGCUGUGGCCCAUGCCCUCCAUGAAAUGUUUCUUCAGCAUGUUUACAAUCAAUCCAUGGAUAAUGGCAAAGGACAUUAUGCUCACUGCUUGAAGCUGCACUCUUUUCUGAGGAAAACACGCUUCACUAAUCCAGUUGGAGGCAGAGUGAUUAUGAACCAGAAAGAAAAUCUUCAGGAAGACUAUAGUGUAUUUCAUGUAUCUGAUUUUUCACAGAUGCCACCCUCUGUGUGCAGUGCUGAUUGUGGUCCUGGAUUCAGAAAAUUCUGGCAGGAGGGAAUGGCAGCCUGCUGUUUUGAUUGCAGCCCCUGCCCACAAAAUGAAGUUUCUAAUGAGACCAGUGAGUUGAGGUGUGUU